AUGCAGUCAGAUCGCUCCCCACUAGGACACUUUUCACUUCUCCCUCCCGAGAUCAGGUUCAUGAUCUGGGACUACUUCUAUCCUCAAGGAAUACGCCGUUGCAAGACAGAAUUUGCUAUUCUGCGGACUAGUUCUACUUUGUACCACGAGAUCAUUAGCUACUUGAAAUGGCCCGAGUCUCUAGGUCGUUUCGAAAUCGACAUGUUUCCUUCACCCGACUAUCCGUUUCUAAUGUACAAUGCGUCCCGCUCCGUCUGCUGGGAGAUUCCUGCAAAAUGGUUCAGUGACAGCGCUGGAAUCCUAGGUUUCGAUCACCUGCCUGUUGACAAACUCGGCACUGUUUUGAACAUACCAGCUCCCAUAGGCGGCACCGAUCCCGGUGAGAUCAUUUCUAUUUAUGAGAAAUGCCUCGUACUCGUGAAGCUGUUUAAUUGGGCCAAGUCGAAGAGCGUGAAGUCCCUGUCGAUCAAUCUACAUGAUACAAUGUCGACCACAUGGAUUUGCCGACCUUCGCAGCAUCCUGAUAACGUACACCCAGUUCAGAGCCUUCCGGUGACAAUGAACUCGCUCCCGUUCCUCAACGGAUUUCAGAACUUUCGAUCGGACGAUAUUGCAAUGGUCAUGAAUCCCUUCUUCCUCGCACUCAGAGUGUCCAACAUACAAGUCACGUUGGGAGUCACAAGCGCGGGCUUUGCACAGACGGCAGGAUACCACACUGAACUCCAGAGCCGUAUGGUAACGGACCAGCAGAAUAUUUUGCAGCCGUCGUCUUGGAAAAUAGCCUACUACGAGAGUAGGUUGAGCCUGACAUUCCUGCUGAUACAAACUGAGCUCGAUAGCGCUCACGGGCCAAUGGCCAACCUUAUGCGCCUGAAGAGAUUCGUCGAGUGGUCAGAAGAACCACAAGCUGUCGAGGAUGGCCUGCUAGCCAUCCUGUAUCGCUGCAGGGACGAGAUUCGGCAGGGCAAUCUCGGCUCGGCAAUGCAAAUGGAUAUCUGGACUCGUUUCGGUCUCAUGCGUCUUGUUGAUCCGAAAUCGAAUGUCAGGCACCUAGAGCUCAACACCAUGGCUGUAACAGAGGAGACAGAAGAAGAUCGGCUUAGAGCAGGCCUGAACGAAGUAAUGUUCGGUGAAGCGAGCAGUGCAGAUGCCUGGCAUCGGGCGUUCUCCAGUGGAAUUCCGGCCUUUAGCCAUCCAUGGUGGAAUUAUAGAAAGUUCCAGUUGAGCCAGAUGCUUAGUUUGUUGAAUUUUGACGAGCCUCGGGUGCGAAACACCUUUGUGGGAGAACUGUUCACAAUCCAAUUUUGA